AUGGACAAUAUUCGCGCGAAGUCCGGCUUCCUUCCUGGUCUUUUUGGCCACAGGAGAGGUAGAGUCAAGACCGCAGAGAAUUCGACCGGAGUGACACCAGAAGGCGAAGACGAAAAGAUGCAAGGCCCCAAAGCGCACCCAUUCUUUCUGAGGAUUCCCAAUGGCCCUCGAAACCACUUUGUCGCCAUGGCCGGCGAGUUUGUCGGUACAUUUCUCUUCCUAUUCUUCGCAUUUGCUGGCACACAGGUAGCCAACACUCCUCAAACUACGACCGGUAGUACCAGCACAAACCUCCCACAAGGUCCGAAUCCCGCACAACUCCUGUACAUCAGCCUUUGCUUUGGAUUCUCGCUUGCGGUGAAUGCUUGGAUAUUCUACCGCAUCUCAGGUGGACUUUUCAACCCAGCUGUGACAUUGGGUCUUUGCUUGAUCGGGGCGGUGCCGUUCCUGCGUGGGCUUCUCGUCUUCAUUGCCCAGAUGCUUGGAGCCAUGGCCUCUGCAGGCGUCGUCAAGGCAUUGUUUCCCGGCCCUCUAGCUGUCACCACCUCCCUCAGUGGGGGAACGAACAAGGCACAAGGACUGUUCAUUGAGAUGUUUCUCACGGCCCAACUCGUCUUCACCAUCCUCAUGCUCGCAGUUGAGAAACACAAGGGCACAUUUCUUGCUCCCGUCGGCAUUGGGCUUUCCCUCUUCAUCGCCGAAUUGGCUGGUGUGUACUACACCGGCGGUUCCUUGAACCCUGCUCGGAGCUUUGGUCCCUGUGUUGCCAACUCCUACUUUCCACCCGAACAUUGGAUCUACUGGCUAGGUCCUCUGCUGGGGUCGUUGAUCGCUUCUGGCUUCUUCUGGUUCAUCAAGAGCUGCGAAUACCAAACCGCCAACCCUGGUCAAGACUUUGACGACCUGGAAGCUUCCGCCUACAACCCCGAAUUGGACAUUACUCGACCGGUGGUCAGCCCCACGGCCGUGAUUGAACCAGUGCCGUCCCGCGACGGCGUGCCUAGGACUUCAAAGGACGACAGGAGCACGUCUCUCCUCUCCACACAACGUGUUGCGUCCUCCCAAGACAAUGAGCCGGCCGCCGGUGGUGCUCCAGCUCCCGUACACCACAGGACUACCCUCGACUGA